AUGUCACCCCAUUCUACGACGCCCCGGUCCCUCCCGCGCAUGCCCGUGAAGCAGAAAAUGGCCGUUUCGCUCAAAUCACUCAUGUCGUCUGUCCUGGGGGGCGGCAAGGCAUCCACGCCUGCCUACGACGAGCUGUUUGAAAAGACGGACCCGCAGAAGGACGGGGAGGAGUGCCUGCACGACUGUGAUGGCUGUACGGUACGGUAUCCGAGGGGAUUCAAGAUUGAUGAGGAGGAUGUGCUGUAUGGGCAGGUCAAGGGGUGGAGUACGCAUGUGUUGGUGGGUACGGGGAAGACGGACUGGGUGAGAGAUGUGGGGGAUGAGAAGGGGAGUGUCAUGGAGGCUAUUAGUAAAGCGGAUGGACCGACGAACGGGAGACUCAUGCUUUCGGCAUCAAAUAUGCCCACACCACACGACACAAGCGACUACUCAGAACCUACAACUGUUCUCCUACUCCCCGCCUUCACCCUCGUGGAAAACGUCCACCCAACCAACGUCACUACUCUCAUCACCGAGCUCAUCAACAAGGCACCGACAACCAUGUCACCGCUCACAACUCCUUCUCUCCCCAAGUCGCUCCCCGGUCUGGAUGCUGAUGUGCCCGUCCUGGAAACAAAAGCCUGCCCUCACAGCGCCGUCAUUCUGAUGUGCAGCCACAGAACACGAGAUGCCCGGUGUGGCCAGAGCGCGCCUUUACUACGGAAAGAGUUUGAACGGCACUUACGACCCCUGGGACUGUAUCGCGAUCUGCACGACGAGAGACCAGGUGGCGUCGGCAUUUACUUCAUCAACCAUGUCGGUGGGCACAAGUAUUCUGCUAAUGUCAUGAUUUACCGGAGACCGAAUGCUUUUGGGCAAGAUGAAGUUGUUGAGGCGGCUGGACAUUCAGAUUCAACAGCGACGAAUGGAAGCUCAAACGGCACCAACGGCACUUCCAAUGGUGCCUCGAAUGGCACCUCGAAUGGCACCUCGAAUGGCACCUCGAAUGGCGAUGGUGCGAAGCCCGACGUUGGUGCCGCGCAAGGCAUCUGGUUAGCGAGAGUAAAACCCGAGGACUGCGAGAAUCUUAUUAGAUAUACUGUUCUGAAGGGCAAGCUGGUCAAACCGGAGAGCCAAUUACGGGGUGGUUUUGACAGAGUGAAGGGACUAACGAGUUGGUGA